GUGUCGUUCAAGUCAUGGUGGGGAAGGUAGCGUUUCUCCUCGCUCUCGCGGCAAUCGCCCUUAGCGGCGUUGCCAACAGUCACGAGCAAGAGGUGGUAUGUUAUUUGGCAUCGUGGGCAGUGUACCGGCCGGGCAUGGGCAAGUUCAACAUCGAGGACAUCGACCCUUCCCUCUGCACGACUCUCAUCUACUCCUUCGCUGGUCUGAAUGAGACGACUUAUACCAUGAUGCUGCUCGACCCGGAGUAUGACGUCAACAAGAGGGCCCUCGAGCGGUUUGUGAACCUCAAGAGCUUGAACCCGCGACUCAAGGUUCUAAUCGCGAUCGGCGGCUGGACGGAAGGUUCAACCAAGUACUCGGCGAUGGCUAUGUCUCGAGCCUCGAGAAAGAAGUUCAUUGAUUCGGCCAUCGCUUUCAUCCAACACCACCGCCUCGACGGACUGGACCUCGACUGGGAGUACCCCGCUAACCGAGGAGGAGCUCCCGAGGACAAGGAGAACUUCGUCUACCUGGUUAAGGAGCUCCGCGAGGCCUUCCGCCCCUACGGCUGGAUGCUGACCGCCGCCGUGGCCGCAGGGAAGUCCACCAUCGACACGGCCUACGACAUCGACGACCUGGCCAACAGCCUCGACUUCCUGCACAUCAUGGCCUACGACUACCACGGCAAGUGGGACCGCCGCACAGGCCACAACGCGCCGCUCUACUCGAGGGAGGACGAGCCCGAGGAGGAGAAGAUGCUCAAUGUGGCCUCAACCCUCAAGGUCUACCUCGACGAAGGAGCACCUCCCGAGAAGCUGGUCCUCGGCCUAGGAUUCUACGGAAGGACCUUCAACCUCGCGGACCCCCAGGAGAACGGCAUCGCGGCGCCCACCCUCACGACCGCCCUCGCCGGACCCUACACCAAGGAGGAGGGUUUCAUGGGCUAUAAUGAGAUCUGCGAGAAACAGACCACGGAGAAGGGCCUGUGGACCCUCGUCUGGCAGAAGACCCACCAAGUCCCCUACAUGAUCCGAGACAACAUGUGGAUUGGCUACGACGACCCUAUCUCCGUCAGCCUCAAGGUCGCCUACGCCCAAAAGCUCGGUCUGGGCGGGGUCAUGGCGUGGGCGAUUGACACGGACGACUUCCAGGGCGUCUGUAGCGAUACCAGGAUGAAGUACCCCCUCCUCCGCGCCAUCAACAAGGCCCUCACCGCCAAUAUGAACGAGAGGCCUAGCGAGACUCCUAGGCCUACCAAACCGAGCCUUGAUGACGACGACUUUGAUGACAGGUUCGACGACAGCAACACCUUGGACAGCCGGGAGCACGAAUCUGGAAGACCAUCCCGCGUCGGAGGCCGUGGAGGUUCAGCUGUGGCCACGCCUGCAGUCACGGUUUUGUUGGCACUCCUGCUUACUUCUUUGGCCGCUCGCUAAAGAGGUCUACGGUUGGCACUCCUGCUUGCGUCCCUUUCACAACGUCUCCAAGGCCUUUAUUUUCGGAUUCUUCGAGUUCUUUUUUUUUCCUUUUUUCUUCAACUCUUUCAUUCUUUAAAGAUUCUUUUUUAUUCUUUUCUUUUUCCGGUCAUGGACAUGCAUGUUCGGUUUAAAGUUCAUUAUAUUCUCUUCAUUAUUUUUCUUCUCUUUCUUCAGAAUCUACUCCUGCGUAAAAUUUCAAGAAAAAAAGAUACAACAGCAUUUAGUAAAUUCUUCCAUUUUAUGCCAUGCUUCAAAUCUCACUGGAGUUGCCAGCUACACUUUUUGUAUAUUCUUAUUUGGUGCACUAAACCUUAAGGUAUGAAUGCAUUCUUUGAUAUUACCACUUUUUUUCAACUAUGAUAGAACUAUUAGUUUAACUGUGAUUUUAGAGUUUAUGACGUAUUGUAAUUAGAUGAAAUAUCCAGUCAUAUCUGUACGGUGAAAUGAUUGGCCGAUAUCCUAACGGCAAAAAUACGGAGGAACCAAUCAGAGAGAAGAGAGAGUCAGCCGACGAUUCCUAUUGGCUGAUUCAAGAAGGGCGGAGACAAGGGAAAAAAAUGAGAAUGGUCUUAUUUUUUUUGGCAAAUACAUGGCAAAUUUAUAUUUUUGGUUAUCAGUGGAAGCAAAAUCGAUUCAAAUUAUGAUUGGAUUUUCUUAUAAGAGGUUAGAUUUUUUCACUGGACUGUAAAUAUAAAUAAAAUUAUAAUAUUACUCA